GUCAGAGAUCACCGGGGUCUGCCCGGUAUAUUCUUUGGCUGUUCUGUCAUCGCCUGGUCGUCUAACAACGGUCAUGCACAAAAAUCAAUUCUAGCUGACCAGCCUAUCUCAUCGAACGGACUGAAGCGAUGAAGGACCGAAGCAAUGCAAAAGUGGAGCUGUCCCAAGCAAUGGAACAUGAAUAUCCAUCGAGAAGGAAGGAAGAGGAGAAGUGCUUGGCACAAGAGGGAUUCGAGGACGUCGUGGAUGUUGACGACAUUAUGACUCGCAUGAUGAAAUCUGGCACCAACAGCAACAGCAACACCAACAACGGCGCCAGGCCAAGCGUACAAGUGGAUCUCGAUGAGUUCAUCCGGUUGGCAGGACAACCAGCCCCCAUUCCAGAGGCCAUAAACCAGAAUGAAGGGACACCGAAAGAAGCACAACCAGGUGCAUACCGUCAUGUAGGUCCUGGGUAUCGGCCAGCUAGUGUUCACUCGGAAUCAAGUGACGGCGAAAGCUGCCCAAGUCCCAGUCCCUUGGCUGUGGAUGACACAUCACUUAUUAGUAGCAAUCAAACCAACCAUCAGCUUCCGCUGAUAACAACAGAUGCUUCUUUGCCUUUGGAUGGCCUGGUACAAGCGAAUCCAGUAGUGGAAGAAUCCUCGGACGAGAUUGUCGUCACACGACAGCAAGCCAUACUCGUUGAUGAUCUGGAGUCGCAAAACCAGACACGAAAGAAGGAAGAGCGCAAAACCAAAACAAGGAAUCAGCUGGGGCUGUUGGCUUUUCUGAUGGUCCUACUAGUGGUGUUCGUCAUUGUUGUAAUAGUUGUAACUUCGAAGAACGGCGACCAGGCCAGGGUUGACGACAACAUCGAGGUCCAGUCCAGCAAGAAUGACACCAUGCCCGCCACAGAACACAAUGAUGACAAUGAUGUCUUUCCCGUCAUCAGCCCUAUCUGUCCAACGUCACUCGCCAUGUCAUUGAACAAGAACGACAUGGGGGUGCCAGUGCCUCCUCCUCAUCAUCAUCAUCAAGCCCACAGUACAGAGCAUAUCGAUGGCUCCAAGAUGAUCCUUGGAAACAAAACUAUACGACCCUCCGCCUUGUACAACGAUUCGCAUUGGCUACUUUAUACUACGCCACUGAUGGUGACCAGUGGGAAAACCAUGGAGUGGGAGGUAUGCAAACAGUUGACUAUCGAGAAUUUGAAACCCCUCGCUUGCAAGCCAAUCUUCCAGGUCCGAUACCACCCAACCGCAUGACACUGACGGUCCCAUCGGAGAAGUGGCUUUCCUACAACACCAGUGAAUGCAUGUGGUUUACCUACACACCCUUUAGAUUCCAAGCUGCUUGCAAUGAGGACCACGUGUUUCAGUACUUGGACCUGCCUCGAAAUGGGCUUCGGGGGACGCUGCCUGAAGAGAUUGGUCU